AUGUCGUCUCUCCCACCGGAUUUCGUCAAAGCGGAAAUCGACGUAUAUCUGACUUACUUCCACGAUCAGCCGUACUGUCUCUUCUCCCGUGACUGGCUUGUCACCCACGGGAGGUUGCUCCCUGCGGAGAUCGCAUACCCGUUGGUCGCGCUGACAUCCCGCCUGUCCGGAUGCUCUCCUCUCCCUCUAGGAACGAGCAGGGCUCCCGCGGAGUAUUGCACCGAGAAAGCCUGGGAGAUCCUAUCUCACCACCACCGCAGUGGAAAUGUUGGGAUGUCCGUCAUGCAGGGCACCUUCCUCAUGGCGCAGGUCGAUUUCGCGGACGGGCGCCUGCACCGCGCGUAUCCGGCCGUGGCCAUAGCCAUACGAACCCUCCAGUCCGCCGGGCUGAAUAAAGACCGCUACGCGCAUUGCUUGAACACCCCCGCAUCGGAGGAGCGCAUCCGUCUCACCUGGGCCUUUUUCAUGCUGGACCGCAGCUACAACGCCUCGCGCAAUUACUCUCUCUGCCUGUCCGACAAGCACUUCACACUUCCCUUCCCGUCGCCUGACCCGACCGCCGCCCAUCGCGACCCACACUCGCCCAUCCGCGGCAGAUUGCUGGACGGCCCCAGUAAGCAGGGAGAGAAGGUCGACCACGGCGUCCUCGCCUGCCUCAUCCGUCUCUAUUCUAUCUGGGGCAAGACGACCGAGUACGUAUUCGCGCCGUCGGAUAAGAACGCCCUGCCCCCCUGGCAGGCCGGGUCCGCCAUGGCCCGUCUCGAGUCCGACUGGUUGCAGUUCGAGACCCAUUUCGCCGACGCCCACCGCUACAUCCAGGUGGACUUUCAGCGACGAGCGCGCGAGGAGCCCCAGGCCCGGGGAUAUCUGGCGACGUGGCUGUACGUCCAGUUCCUGUUCCAUUCCGUCCAGGCUUUCCUGCACCACCCGUUCGUCAUCAUGGUCAAGCUGCGCCAGAUGGACGGCAACAUCCCCAACACCUUUCUGCAGAAGUCCUACGAGAGCUCGCUGCUCCAUUCGCGGUGGAUCGCCCGCUUCGUCCGCGAGAUGUCCGAGGUGGGGUUCUGUCUCUACGACCCCUUCUUGGGCUAUCUUGCCGCUAUCGCGGCGACCAUCCAGCUCGAGCACACCAGCAGUCGGAACCAGCAGGUCGCCAGCUUGGUGAAUAAGGACUUUCGCACUUUGGUGCAGUUCAUCAAUGGCCUAUCCGCUCACUACGACAACAUGGGCGUGCUGGCCAACCGCGUCAACGAGCUAGCCACUCGCCACAAGAAUUACGGCUCCCUGUACUACACGCAAGACCGCUACUCAGGCGCCCUGUCGCGCAUGCCUACCCCGUCUAACAUCCCCCACAUGUCCCCCGACGACGAGUCUCUCAUGUGGGACAUUCUGGACCUCAGUUCGUGCGUACCCCCGACGGACACGACGCCCCUCGGCGACCUGGCCCUCCCGCCGAACCCUCCUGCGCGACAGCUGCUCUCUGAAGCGCCCGUGACGCCCACGCCGUCCGACGACACCGUCCACGUCCGACCUGCGGACCACCGUGCGACUUUGCCUCCGCUGUCGUCGCAGGACAUGCCGACGCUCUACGGGCUUGAUCCGGAUGGGAUGACCGUGCCGGGGUGGCCGUUCGCUCACCGGAAUGCGAAUGAUGGACUUGAGGCGGGCAUUCCGGAUAUUCCGGAUUGGUUGAUGUUGGGGGGGUAUGAGCAGCUCUGA